UUUUGGAUCAAACGCCUAAAAUUCGCAUUCAUUUUCACACAUAUAAAAGCUUGAACAAGCCACUAAACUGAUUCUGCGUGACUUUUUCUCUCAGUUUAAUUGAGAGAAACAAAGGUUGCCUUGUAAAAGGCAAAACCAUGAGGUCUAGGCUUGCAAUUUGGGCAUUUGGGGUGGUGCUUCUUCUUUUGGUGGGUGGACAAAAUGGUGGUGUUUUUGGCUCAGGGAACUGUGGGUUUCCGGCCCUAUUCAAUUUCGGAGACUCGAAUUCGGACACCGGGGCAGCAUCGUCCGCCGGCGGUGAAAAGCUUCUGCCGUUCGGCGUAACCAUCGGAAAGAAGUCCAAAAGGAUCUGCGACGGUCGGGUCAUCAUUGACUUUCUUGCUGAGGAUUUGGGAUUGCCAUAUUUGAAUGCAACAGUGGACUCAAUUGGGACAAGUUAUAAGCACGGGGCUAAUUUUGCAACCGGAGGUUGCAGGAUCAUUCCAAACAACCUAUAUAGUAGUACUCUUCUACCUUUCAACCUAGACGUCCAAAUCUCUCAAUUCUUACGAUUCAAGUCGCGCAGCGUCGCCCUUUAUAAGAAACUCAGCAACAAUAGCAUAAACCCACUAUUGAAAAGCAUCCUCCCGGAGCCCAAAGUCUUCUCAAAGGCUCUUUACACCAUUGACAUUGGCCAAAAUGACAUUGCCUCUGCCUCUGGCUAUGGCCCAAAACCACCUGCAAUUCUCGAUCAAUUCUACAAUUCUGUACAGCGGCUACUGAGCAACGGAGCAAAGUUCCUGUGGGUCCACAACACGGGCCCGUUCGGGUGCCUGCCGUGGCAGCGUCUGGCGAAAUGCAAGCAAGAUGGUUCUCCAUGUGCCGCCGCAGACGAGCACGGUUGCGUGAAGGGUGACAACAAUGUGGCUCAGCAGUUCAAUGAUGAGCUCAAGGAUAGGGUUAACAAGCUGAGGGCAAAGUACCCAGGCUCAGCCAUUACCCUUGUGGAUGUCUACUCUGCUAAAUACUCUCUGUUUGUCAACCCAAACAGUCAAGGAUUCGACGAACCAUUCAAGUACUGCUGUGGAGCUCCGGGGAUUAAUUGUGGCGCGAGAGACCUAGAAAUUGCCGGAAACUACUCGCAAAACUACGAACUUGCGAAGCUCACCGGACCCGUAUGCAAAGAUCCGUCGAAGUACAUUAUCUGGGAUGGGAUUCACUACACAGAGGCUGCCAAUAGAAUCGUAGCAAAGCUCAUUGCCGAUGGUUCCCAUUCUGACCCUCCGGUACCCAUCACUCAGGCUUGUCAUAAGCGCUAACGGCCUGUUUGUCGAUGGAAUACAGAGGGCGGAUAUACUAUCGACCUGGAUAGUAUAUUCGAACUAAUUAUAUAAUUGCCUGAGUUAAACUGUAUAAUUUGCCAUAUUUGCAAACCCAAUUCUGUCAAUUUACCACCAUUCAACAAUAUGAUAUAUAGUGGAAUCUAUACAUACUUUUUCCUGUGAU